CAAUAUCAGUGUGAGUAGCCUACGGUUCCAGGUCCUAGCGUUGGCUUCACUACUGAAAAGUUCAUCCUCUCUGUUCUAUUUGUGGCGACCGGCUGCUGUUGCUGCCAGCUUUUCAGUCUCAAACAAUCACAAGAACAUCAACAUCUCGUCAUAUUGUUCCCCAUAGCACGACACCUUGAAGGUGUCCACAUUAUAGUUGAAAAUGUCAAAGGGUGACUCGAUCGGAUUGCAAAAGGUGAAUGGGAAUAAAGGGUCAAACUACUCGGUGGAGUCUGGGUCGCCAGGGCCUCCCUACGAUCCACAUGCUCACCGAGAGCUUGCAAAUCCUACAACGGAUCGUGAAACCCUCAUACACAUACUGAAAGGCAGUUUAGGAACUGGUAUAUUGGCUAUGCCAAAUGCGUUCUACAAUUCAGGACUUAUUGUUGGAACUGUGGCCACUUUUGUAAUUGGAUUCAUUUGCACAUACUGCCUUCACGUACUGUAUUAUUUUUGUUUCAGGCCAAUUGUUGAUGGUUUUUUGAUCAUUUAUCAGCUAGGUAUCUGCGUCUGUUAUAUCAUGUUUGUUGCCCAGAGUAUUAAACAGGUAGCAGACAUAUAUGCAACACCUCUCGAUGUAAGACUCCACAUGUUGAUUAUCCUUGUUCCCUUGAUGCUCAUUACAUACAUAAGGAAUCUGAAGCUGUUGGCUCCCUUCUCUCAACUGGCGAAUAUCAUCACAUUCAUCGGAAUCGGCAUCACGUUGUACUACAUAUUCGAUGACUUGCCACCUGUCAAUUCAGUGCCUUACGUCGGCGUGCUCAGGAACUUUGUGCUCUACAUGGGAACCACUCUGUUUGCACUGGAGGCUGUCGGUGUGAUAUUGGCUCUGGAGAAUAAUAUGAAAACACCAAAAUCGUUUGGUGGCUAUACGGGAGUUCUGAACCAGGGCAUGAUUGUUAUUGUUAUCCUGUAUGUGUUGGUUGGCUUCUUCGGCUACGUCAAGUAUGGAAAGGGUGCUCUGGGAAGUGUCACCCUGAACUUGCCUAGUACUGACAUAUUGGCUCAAGUUGUGAAGUUGAUUUUUGCUGUAGCCAUAUUCAUCACUUACGCUCUCCAGUGUUAUGUGCCGGUUGAUAUUGUUUGGAACACCUACAUGAAGAAGAAUAUCUCAACAAAACAUUUAUUUUGGGAGUAUGUUCUUCGUACCGCUGCAGUGCUAAUCACAUUUGUACUAGCAGUUGCCGUGCCUCGCCUCGAACUGUUCAUCUCUUUUGGCGCAUUCUGCCUUUCAGCACUGGGAAUCGCUUUCCCGGCAAUCAUUGAGAUCUGUGUCAUGUGGCCUGACAACCUGGGCACCGGCUACUACAUUCUCUUCCGCAACUUCCUGUUGAUUCUGUUCGGUAUUGCUGGUCUACUGGUUGGAACCUACACCAGUAUCAGCGAUAUUAUAACUUCUUUCUCGAAAUAGACUUACUGAAAAAGUAGAACUUCGUUUUUUAUUUACGUUAUUGGGAUCUAACGGUUCAUUAGGCUCUCAGCUAUUGCUCAAACUUGGAAUGAUUUAAUAAACAUUCAAAUGAUGUGUAAUCCAUUUUAUGGAACAUUAUGACAUUGUGGGAGGAAUGGAGAGGAAUAUCAAAGGAGGCUAGGGUAACCAAAUGAGAUGUAGCACCAAGUAAUUCGGUACAGGCCUACUGUCCUUUUCGCAUAUAAGUUCGCCAAUAGAGCCCAAAAUUAUUAAUAGUCAAAUCUAUGAAUCAACCAGAAUAAAUAUUGUCUAGAGUACUCCAAAUGAGUGGGCCUAAUAUGUGUAAUGAGACUCAUCAAUUGGACAACAGUAGAUAUGUAAUCUUACAGCAUUCUUAAGUAAUGGUCUUAAGAUGUUCAAAUAAAGAUAGAAUAACUAUCUCUAAUAAAUAAAGGCUCUUAUGUAAAACCUUGUUCCUUUCAUCAAUAUGCUAUAUUAAUUUUUCAAACAAUUUCUGACACUUAUCAAACUAAUCUUUACGAUAAGUAUUGAGAAUAAGUCCACUUCUAGAUAGCUAUCAGAUCAAUCUUCAACUUGUCAUUAUAUUCAAAUUUGAAGGUUGAGAGUGUGCCGCCUACUUCUAGAUCUCAAAAAUGCCAAGUGAUACUCAACCAGUCAUUGUCAGUGGUUCAUUUUCGAGUGGAGAUCUUCAUAACAGAGCAGCAGUGAUUUUUCAAAGCAAAAUUCUUAUUAUUUAGUGACUACAGUUCAGAAACUAUUCAAGUAGACAUUGUCUCAAAUUCUCAAAAGAUGAGCUGUCAACUUUCAAAUCAUAGUUCAACAUAAUUAUUGGAAAAGCUCCCUCAAGCUAAAUAGAAAAUGAAAAAAUGAAGAUAUAUUCCUGUGAAACAGACGUUUCAGGGAAUUAUUGAAUAUAGGUCAGAGAUAGAUAUUUUUCAACUCAAAGUGAAUUGUGUGUAAAUUGAAAAUUGGUAUACUAUUUUGAAUAAUUGGUAGAGUAUUCAGAUUCAUAUGGCCUAGAUAAUUUGUACUGCUACCCUGACUUAGAGACCUUUCUCCGUUAGAUCUUGAUAGAGUAAAUGGAGAAUCGAAGCUGUUCUAUGGAAAUAGUUCAAAACUAGUACGUAAGCAAUAUUGGUCAGCUUGAGUAGCAAAUAAACUUAAGUACACUGAAACUCAACAGUUGAAAAACAAUUAUAAAUAAUAAUUAUUAUAAGAUGCCUUCAUAACAUUAUAUAAUUUAUUGAGGAGCACAAUUUUACUUAUAUCUGUUACAAGCUGAAACGAUAUCUAGAGGAUUAGUUCCGAAUUUUUAUAAGUAAAUCAAUAGAGAAUUAUUCAUACUGUGUAAACGGCAGGGACGCUUUGAUAAUAAUUAUAAUCAUCAAGAAAGAUACUAGAACUAGUAUUACGAAUUAACUUAAUAAUAUUAGGAUUAUUUGAAUAGUUCCCACAACUUUUGAUCAAUUGAAUGAAGGAAAAUCAGUUUGAAUUGAAUUAUACAGAAUAUUGAGCUAUAAUAGAAACUUGAGAAUGUUGAUAAUUAUUAUAGAAUGAUCAUUCGAUUCUUUAGGAGAAAACAAUGUUUGUUUAUUGUAAUAAUCUGAAUAGGACAUCACUCCAUCAGAAAUUUUUACGAGUCUUUUUUAGAUGUAGCCUUCAAUCAAGAUCUAAAAUAUUAGUUAUAUGACUGCUGAUUAGUCUACUACAGCAAUAUACUCUACUAUUAGAGAUAAUGCAUAAAAUUAUUGAUGAAAAUGUGCAAAAUAUUAGGUUACUGUUUGAAUUUAAAUACAAUGAACGUAGAGAUUACGAUAUUUCACUAUUCAUUCUUUAUUAGAACGACAUAGUCAGAACAAGAAGCAUUUUAGAACAACCAAUAAUGUCAUUAUGUAGCACACAAGUUUCAAAUACUGACAAUCUUUGAAAACGGAGCAAUUUCUAUGGAUUAGGUUUAUUUUAAUCUAUACAAUUUCAAGGCUAUGAUAGACAUUUCAGAUUCUAAAAAGUUACCGUAUCCUUCUUCUAAGCCCUACCAAAGUUCAGAGCAUACUCAUUAGCAAAAUGCUUCGAAUCGAUGGAAUCAAAAUCCUUCGGCAUCAGAGCCGUAUCUCAAUAAUUUAAUAUUUAUAAUCAGUCUUUUUCGCCUACUUUCUCAGUACAAAUUUCACUGAUUCAGCCUCAUAAGCAUUUACUCAAAACACAGACAUGAAGGUGGCGAAAGGAGGUGGAGAGAAUUAACUAUUAAAAAACGUUUUACAUAAAUUCCACGUAUUAUGAAAAUGAUGAGGGAUUGCAAGGAAAUUGAAAAUGGUCUGAAUCAUAUCGAUGAGAAAUGGAAAGUUAUGAAUGGAAAAUGUAUUUUUUUAAGUUGGUGGACUGCAUUUAAUGUAAGGAGAUAUUCAUGGAAUUGUUGUUAGGUAUUGAUUGGAAUCACUCGUUGAAAAUCAAAAUGGAAAGUUUAUUUUUCUAUCAAUGAUAAUGACCCCCAUGUAAAUAAUAUGGAUAUUUUUUUCAUGGAUCCAGCAAUUUCAAUGUGCUUGGGCAUUUUCAAAGUUUUAUGAUAUAAAUAUUCGACAAAUAAUAAUACUAACUUGAUUAUUAAUACUCGACAACAGUAAGAGUUGCAAUAUUGAUUCCAAUGAAUCAAAUUGAUGCAAUACUUAUUGUUUCUAAGUAUGCAUUAAUUAAUUAUACAGUAAAUUUCCAGGUAAAUCUUAUUUUUCAUAACUCUCUGAAAGACUGGUCUUUAAAAUACCUGUUCUAAGGCUAACUACACAAACACAUGAAAAGCAUUUCCCAUUUUUAGUAAGUAGGCAAAUAAUAUUUUUACUGGAAAUUUGGAAAUCGUUAUAUAGAUUGAAUUACUAUUGCUGAAUUAUUGUCAAUUUUAAGGGUUGUAACAGAUUUGAAAUUUUAUUCAGUAGGUUAUUGAUAUUUGAAUACCGUAGUAGCAAUAGUAUUUAUACUAUCCACAAAUCGCUUACAAGAGCGAGGAAAUAUUGGGCAAGAUUUAUCAAUAGGAGCAAACAUAUUAUAUUACAUAGAAUUUUAAACAACUCAACAUGGAAGUGCAUGUUCAAUAUUGACUUUUGAUUUAUUGGAAUGAUUGAUGAUAGGAAAUAAGUAAUAAAAUUAUCAUAAUCUGAGAUCCUUCUUUAAAAAUUAUGAAAUGACCCUAUAUGAUAUGUAUUUGAAAACCUAAUUAAUUUACAUGAUUUAUGUAAAAUAGAUGUAUAGUAGAUGUAGUGAUGGUAAAUUAUGAGAACUGAACAUUGUUGAAUCGAAUUCUGCAAAAUUACGUGCAUUGAUGUCACAAAAAACAAAAUAUUGUACUAAUAUAUAUUAUCAGGCCUAAAAGCUAUUUUUAACUUUGAAUUUGAAAUGUAUUGGAAUUUUUAGAAAGCUUUUUAGGGCUAUUACGAAAUGUUGAAUUAUUUACUCUCUGAUUGCUGAUAAUAAAUGUUAUUGAUUUAGUCAUGGCUGCAAGCUGCUGUGAAUCUGUAAAUAUUUAGAAUAUGUAUCAUAUUGUACUUAUGUAAUAUGUUGUAUUUUUAAUAAAUACAGUACUAUGAAAAUAAAAA